AUGACGGAGACAAUGGCGUUAAGUGGAAACUGUAGGACUAACCCCAAAGAUCAGGGACCGGUUCAGAACAGUUUCCCAGAUGUUGUGGAAUUAAACGUAGGGGGGCAGGUUUACUACACGCGUCACUCAACUCUGGUGGGCACCCCGAAUUCUCUGCUGGGCAAAAUCUUUUCCGCCAAAAAAGACUCCUCCAACGACCUGGCGAGGGACCCAAAGGGCCGAUAUUUCAUCGACCGCGACGGGUUUUUAUUCCGCUACGUGUUCAUCGACCGCGACGGGUUUUUAUUCCGCUACGUGUUGGACUACCUCCGGGACAAGCAAGUCGUCCUCCCCGACCACUUUCCGGAGAGGGGCCGGCUCAGAAAAGAGGCGGAGUACUUUCAGCUGCCCGACCUGGUGAAAAUCUUGACCCCCGACGAUGUCAACAAGCACAGCCCGGACGACUACUUCCACAGCGACCACGAGGACGGCUCUCAGGGCAGCGACCAGCGCGUGUGCCCGCCGCCCUCGCUCGUACCCGCGGACAGAAAAAGCGGCUUCAUCACGGUGGGCUACCGCGGCUCGUCCACGACGGGCCGCGACAGCCAAGCAGACGCCAAGUUCCGACGGGUGCCGCGGAUCUUGAUAUGCGGGAGAGUGGCCCUGGCCAAAGAGGUUUUCGGAGAGACUCUGAACGAGAGCCGCGACCCCGACAGGACCCCGGAUCGGUACACGUCGCGCUUUUACUUGAAGUUCAAGCACCUGGAGAGGGCUUUCGACAUGCUGUCCGAGUGUGGCUUCCAGAUGGUGGCCUGCAACUCAUCGGUCACCGCCUCGUUUGUCAGCCAGCAUACGGACGACAAAAUCUGGUCCAGUUACACAGAAUACGUUUUCUACCGUGGUCCAUCACGUUGGUCGUCCCCUCCUUGUGACUGCUGCUGCAAGAACCAUAAGGGGGACGGCGAGGGUGAGAGCGGCACCUCCUUCAACGAGCUCUCCACCUCCAGCUCUGAGAGCCAGUCAGAGGCCAGCUCUCCCCAGGGCACCGUCAUCUGUGGUCCGGUCAGCCGCCAGCAACACCCUCACUCCCAUGUCCAGACGCUGGACAGACCGCCGAAGAAAGGCCCAGUGGCCAUGCUCCAGCAGUCUGAGCAGCGGAGGAAGAGUGACCUGCUGCGCACACUGACAACUAGCUCGCGUGACACCAGCACCAGCAAAAAGAGGCCGGCCAAAGAAAAGCUGACGGUGGAAGAGGAACUAGAGAAAUGCAUUCAAGAUUUCCGCAAGAUCAAGAUCCCUGAGAGGUUUCCCGAAAGGAAGUACAUGUGGCAGGCCGACCUGCUCAGGAAGUACCGCCUCUGA